AUGGAAAGUGGAUGGGAUAUUGUCAGACUUCUUGGCGAACCGAAUGGCGAGUAUGGUAUACCUCGUGAAUCAGCCUGCAGGGUCGAAAAAUUUUAUCUUGGCCCAUCUUUCCAAUUAACGCGACCAGUUACUGUAACUGCUGCGAUUAUUUCGCACCCUGAUCACGAAUUUCGCAAUGGAAAACCGCAUUAUCACCAAAUGACGAUGGACCGAAUCGAAAAAAACGAAUAUGUCCUUCAAAAUAAUCAAUUAUCCUAUGACCUUCCAGUGAUUCGAAUACCCAUGCGCAAUGCGUACUUUGAUGAAAAAUCUUUCAAAAACGGACGAGUUCAAUAUGACCUCUUCAAGUGGUAUAUCUUUCCACAGGCAUAUACUAUCACUCUCAUUCCAAAAAAUUCCCAAUCUGUUACUGAAAUCAACUGUGCUUCAACAUCAGAUCGAAUGAAACAAUUGGCAAUAUCACCAUAA